AGAUUGCAAGCUGACAGGCACUCGACAGAGUAGUUUGGUGUCUUCGUGACACGUCACUGUUUUCCACGCAAGCUGAUCAGGGCCGCGCGCUCCUUCCGGUGGAGACGUGGCUCUGCGGCGGCCAUAUUGACGCUAGCAGUCAGUGGAAGCCGCUCGCGUUGUCGGAGAUUACACUCCCUGAACCAAAAUCAGAAUCGGAACCACAAGAAACGGACUUCAUUGGAAUCCCGGAGACAGACCACAAUGGUGCUGUUGGCAGCGGCGGUGUGCACCAAGGCUGGAAAGGCCAUUGUAUCGCGGCAGUUUGUGGAGAUGACUCGAACCAGGAUUGAGGGGCUCCUGGCGGCCUUCCCAAAGCUCAUGAACACAGGAAAGCAACACACUUUUGUGGAGACAGACAGCGUCCGCUAUGUCUACCAGCCUUUGGAGAAGCUCUACAUGGUUUUGAUCACCACCAAAAACAGCAACAUUCUGGAGGACCUGGAGACCCUGAGGCUCUUCUCUCGUGUGAUCCCAGAGUACUGCCGCGUACUGGAGGAGAGUGAGAUCUCCGAGCACUGCUUUGACCUGAUCUUCGCCUUCGACGAGAUCGUGGCUCUCGGCUACAGGGAGAACGUCAACCUGGCUCAGAUCCGCACCUUCACAGAGAUGGACUCUCACGAGGAGAAGGUUUUCCGUGCCGUCAGAGAGACACAGGAACGCGAGGCCAAGGCGGAGAUGAGGAGAAAGGCCAAAGAGUUGCAGCAGGCCAGGAGGGACGCCGAGCGGUCUGGGAAAAAAGUUCCUGGUUUUGGCGGCUUUGGCAGCGCCGGCAUGAGUAGUGUUUCCUCGGGGUCCAUCAUCACAGACAACAUUGUGGAGCCAGAGAAGCCAAAAAUCACACCCGCCCCUGUCCGGUCGAGUGGACCCAGCAGAGCUCUUAAGCUGGGCGCCAAAGGCAAGGAGGUGGACAACUUUGUAGACCAGCUGAAAUCUGAGGGUGAAACCAUCAUGCCCACGGGGAAGAGAGGCUCAGACGUGUCUAAAGCUCUGCCUCCUCCUGUCAAUGUGGAAAGUGUGCAUCUGCGUGUGGAGGAGAAGAUCUCCUUGAGCUGUGGGCGUGACGGCGGCCUCCAGAACAUGGAGGUGCUGGGCAUGGUGACGCUGCGGGUCUCAGAUGACAAGAACGGACGCAUCCGCUUGGUGGUCAGCAACAACGACAUCAAAGGACUGCAGUUGCAGACACAUCCCAACGUAGACAAGAAGCUCUUCACCUCCGAGUCUGUGAUCGGUCUGAAGAACCCAGAGAAGUCGUUUCCUCUCAACAACGACGUAGGAGUGCUGAAGUGGAGGCUGCAGACCACAGACGAGGCCCUCAUCCCUCUGACCAUAAAUUGCUGGCCUUCGGAGAGCGGCUCUGGCUGUGACGUGAACAUAGAGUACGAGUUGCAGGAGGAGAGUCUGGAGCUGAACGACGUGGUCAUCAGCAUCCCUGUUCCCUCCGGCGUGGGCGCUCCCGUGAUCGGAGACCUGGAUGGAGAGUACAAGCACGACAGCAGGAGGAACGUUCGUUACCAAAGUAAGCCACGUGGAUGGCGACGGUGCCGUUCGGUUCUCCUCAGAAACCUCCUUCGUCGUGGAUAAAUACAUCAUAGAAUAAACAUGAGAGGGGGAGGGGGGACCCAAAGAAAUAAAUGUAUUAACAAAAAAAUAAAAACUGUGCUCGGAGAGAUUGAAGUUCCCUCCUGCUUCUCUGGUGGAGGGGGGCAGGACACUGGGGAGGGGGGGCACAGUCCCUAUAUUUAUGUCUGUGUGACAGGAUCAUCUUUCUAUAUAUUAGUCAUUGAAGCCCCCUCCCCACCCCUUCACCAUAGAUCAGGACUGUAAUAGAAGUGACCCGGAGCCACCAGCAGGUGGCAGAAGAGGACCGCACCCCCCCACCCUGUAGAGCUGAAUUUCUGUUCUUCUCACCAAUGAUUUUUGUAUUCUUCCAAUCAAACUUGGUUUUGUACUCUGAUGCUUGGGGGGGGUGAUGAAGAGCUGCUGCCCCCCCCUUCCCUGAUGGUUUCAUGUGGUGAACUCCUAAAACACAAAGAGUCUAACGCAAAAGCGGACUGUAGAUCCUAUAGGAGCGGGGUCGCGGUCCCCGUGGGCCCCCAUGGGCCCCGCCUCCUUUCUUUGUUCAGUUUGUUCCGGAUGGACGACUGGAGGGGAAUUCUGACAUUCCAGUGUAAAAAAACGUUCAUCAAUAAAAUGUUAUUGGGAA